AUGAAAAUAACGAUUUACUCUGGUGGUAUUGAUAAAUUUGGCAACUACGAGAACCAAGGAAAUAGAGUGAUCGGAAUAUACCGAGGAUGCAUCGCGUUACCCGUGGCAGGCUCUGAUAUGUGUCAGCAAUUCUCGUUAUUCGGCUACCGAAUUGUCACCUGUCGCUGCUUUAACGAUUUUUGUAAUGGUAUCAUAUCUAUCCAAACAAGUUUACCAGUUAUAUUUUUAUUCACCAUCUGUUAUUUCACAACUUUCAUCCUGUAA